UAGUUCUGUGUCUCUCAAAUGGUUACUCUUUCAUGGCUUGCUGUUGCAAGUCGCACCACCGUGGAAGCUGGACUCCUAGCACUCUUCUUCAAGAUGAUGAUGCUGAGCAGCACCACAGCACUAUGGUGGGAGAGGGGGGCAACACAGGAGACAGUACUCCAAAACGAAGGACGAAGUUUUCGACUCUUGGCAAGAUCUUCAAGCCCUGGAAGUGGCGCAAGAAGAAAAGCAGUGACAAGUUCCAGGAGACCUCUGAGGAGCUGGAGAGAAAGAUGUCAACGAGGCGUACGAGGCAGGAGCUCAUAGAGCAGGGAGUGUUGAAGGAAGUCCCGGACAAUGAUGUGGAGCACAUGAAGCAGCCCAACGUAAAGAACGGGCACACUCUGCCAGUUAGCACAGGGGUCAGUACGGGAACAAGAGGAGGGAGAAGUCCCUCCAGCCAGGGAAAACUGCCCCUGGACUCAGACUUCAGGAGUGCUCCAGCCUGGCACCUCCAGGCAGAGGAGCGUAGCACUGCUUUGGGGUCUCGGCCCACUGGACUACAUGAGGACACUCGUAGAGGAGGUGGGGUGGGAGCACGUACAUAUGGAGAGGGGGAUUGGAAGCCAAAUGUGAUGUGGCAGGGCCAGCUUCAUGGCCUGAUGGAAGAGGGCCGACGUAUGGGACGAGUGCACCAUGAGAAUGAACAGAAGAGGCCUGGGCUCCAAAAGGCCCCCUCUGAGGAUGGCCGGAGGACGCGAGAGGUGGACUGGAAACCCACACUACCCCGACAUGCAUCUGCAGAGGAGGGCCGGACCCGCAGAGAAUCAGACAGCCCCUUUGUCCAAGAGCCCGAAUCUCAUCGAGAUCCCAUACGAGACCCCCAAAAACACUCUGUGAUGUCACCUCCCAAAUGGCUGGUGAGCUCGGCCCCUGAGCCCGGCAGUGAGGGUGCACAGGGCGCACCCUCUGGUCACUCCUCAGGACAGUACUCCUCUCCACCCGCUGCGCCAGGUUCCAAACCGGUGCGCUCCGUCUCCUCUGCAGGUGUGUCCACGCAGCUGCCUUUGUCCUCAGCCCAAAUACCCCCCCAGUCCCAGGGCAUCAAGCAGCCUCCUCUGCCUCCCCCCAAACCCGUCAACAGGGGCAACGCUGCUAUGCUCGUCUCCGCCCUGCAGGGUGGAGAGAAUGCUCAGCUCCCUCUCUACUGGUCGUGUUGGAAGCGUGAGUGCGACUAUGACGUCUACCUGUCCCUGCCAGUCUAUCUGUGCCGGCGGGCCGGGGGUCUGCGCUCAGGUGACUACACACAAGCAACAGGAGGAACCAGUUUAGUGCCUGCUAAGCCCUCUCCUCCAAUGCCCCCGAAGAGAACCACCCCUGUCACCAAACGCAGCACAGAAGACGGCACGGCUUCAGCUCAUCCCAUCAACCCAUCACCACUUUCAGUAGAGGACCACAACAGCCUCUCUUUGAGCUUUCAGCUGCCCCCUCCUCCCCCAUCUCCCCCCUCAGCGCACAUACACCCCCAUCACCUGCACCAUCAGCACUCAUACCCUCAUACACUGCCUCAGCCCAUUCCACUGCUGUUUGACCCUCCCAGCCCCCCAUCAGAGUCCCCCCAGCGUCCCACUCCGGUCCCACUGCACAUCAUGAUUCAGAGAGCUCUCUCCAGUCCAGGUCCGGCCCAACCACACCCUGACGGAGCACAACGUGCACAUGCGUUGCUCUUUGAAACCCCUGAGUACCAAGUAGGGCGCCCUCUACCAGUCAGCAUCCAGCCUCUAAAAAUAUCUGAAGAUGAUUACUCAGAGGAGGAUGAAGAUGAUGAGGAAGAGGAGGAGUAUGAUGGGGAGAUCCCACAGCCCGAGUUGGAGCCCCGGACUCGGCGGUGUUUGGUGGGAGACACGGGUGUGUGUGUGUUGCCUGAAGAAAACAGUAGUGAGGACGAGGAGGAUGGGCAGCAGGAAAUGGAUGGAGAGGACAGUGACUCUGAUGGACCUGUGCUUUAUAAAGACGAAGACUCCGAUGAGGAGGAAGAGGACGAGCCUCCUCUAAGUGCAUUAGCAAGCAGAGUCAAGAGGAAGGACACCUUGGCACUAAAACUCAACAAUCGGUCCUGUGCCCCAAACCGGGACAGGUUCAUCCAGGAGAGACACAACAACCUCACCUGGCAAAGCAGGGAGCAGUGGGAGGCAAUCCGCACUCAGAUUGGCACUGCGCUCACAAGACGACUUAGCCAGAGACCAACUGCUGAGGAACUGGAGCAAAGAAACAUCCUUCAUCCCAAAAAUCAAGCUGACAGACAAGCUGAAGUUAGAGAGAUCAAGCGGCGCCUGACAAGAAAGCUGAGUGAAAGACCGACAGUUGCAGAGCUACAAGCAAGAAAAAUCCUGCGAUUCCAUGAAUACGUGGAAGUCACAGAUGCACAGGACUAUGACCGAAGAGCAGACAAGCCCUGGACCAAGCUAACACCAGCGGACAAGGCUGCCAUUCGGAAAGAGCUCAACGAUUACAAAAGUACUGAAAUGGAGGUUCAUGAAGAGAGCCGAAUAUAUACAAGAUUUCAUCGACCUUAGAUUCCUCAUCUCUCUGUGGAAAUCGCACAAAUGACUCUUUGACAGCACGCGUCUCCAUAUGCAGGCAGAUGACGAGAACAUAGGCCUUCAGUAAAAAUUAUCAAAUUGGCCUGGAAAUGAAUGAAGAAUGCCUCUCGCUUCUGUCCAUUGACUUUACACUACAUUGCUUGUUUGAGCUGGUGGGUGUGAAACAGAUGCAGUAUUCCUCCACCAGGGGGAGCCAUGUGCCAAUGAAAAGAAAUGGCAGAGGACCUACAGGGCUUACGCUUGCUCUGCCCUUUUGUGGUACCUCUCAGGGACAAGAAUCACCAUUGAUGCAGCCUCAUUCUGUGUUGCCUUUUUUGUACAUGGAAUUGCUUGCUCAUUCUACUAGUAAUAACAACUUCUAAUAUGUUAUGUAGUAAUAACAAAUAAUAGAAACAAACUGCUGCUUUGAAAUGGAAGGCAGGUGGAAUACAGAGACUGUAUGGAUCAGUAAUAGGAUGAGACAUCUCAUGUCUUUUAUACAAAUGUGUACAGGCUGAUACUUGACAUAGACACUUGGAAAGAUUUAAUUUAAAUAUUGUGUAAAGCACAAAAGUCAUUUAAUAUUGAUCUUUGGGACAUAUUAUUAGUAAUAGAUUUUAUUAAAGCCUUUGCUAUUUGGCUUGCCUAUAUUUAUUAUACUAACUGUGCUGUGAGGUGGCCAUUUUUACUGACUCUAGGUUGGUACCAGUCAGGGGGCUGUUAAUGUUUUUGUGUGCCAAUUUGUAUGAUGCCUCAGUUUUUUGGGAUGCUGGUCCACUCAUUUCUGCAGUCUACUGCAUGAGCCUUCACAGGAUCCAGUGCCAUUUAAUCUGGAUGAUUCCAAUUAUUUUACAAUGUUCUUCCCUUUAAAUGUCUAAAAUGCAAUGCAUUCUGUAGCCAUUUACAAAAUGGUCAUGUCAACUGUAGUCAAGUAUAUAUACGUAUACUUAGGAAAAAAAUGCUGUGAGUGUAGAUCAGGGAUUUAACCUAAAAAAUGCAUAAAUGGACAACAGGGAGUCAUUUUUUUUGGAAAAUUUUGAAACUGCAGACAAAUGUCAUUAUUGCCUGGCCACAGGGUCAUUCAUGGUUGUAGGUUAGGCCAGAGUGAUGCUCAAGUGUGUAUUUUGUCUUUGUUCUAUUUAAAGGCAAGAUUUUAAAUAAAAUACUUGGUAGGUUGGUAUUUUUAAGCUAAGGGUUUUAGUUUGUGUUAGUCUAUGCUUUAAUGCAAACUUCUGUAAAGCUCUUCUCUCGUUGAAUGUUGAAAUGUAUAAAAAAGACCACUUUUUGUAAAUAUAU